CUGUUUCACCCCUGCGCUGGGUCAGGGAGCUUGAGGAGCUGUUCAGUUCCGCCUACAUGCAACGUCGCCGUACCUGCUACUUCAUACCGGACAAAUCAUCAACCAUGAAUAUCUUCAACGAGAACAACCUACUGGAACCGUCCUCUCUCGAUUCUGUCGACUACGAUCCGGUCGACCACCUGAACGCCCUCUUCUCCCGGCCUUCCGCUGCCGUCUCAUCGAUCGAUCGUGUCUCUAACACCCUCAAGAUCCACAGAGAUGACAUCUCCUCCGCAAUCGGCGCCCUCGAGGCAUCUCAGGCCUGGGGGCCCGACUCUAGCCUCGAGCGCAUGCAGUCGGCCCAGGCCGAGCUCGCCAGCCUGUUCCAGCGGAUAGAAGGCGUGCGCAGUCGCGCCCUACAGACUGAACGCGAUAUAACCACAAUGACAGCCGAGAUAAAGCGUAUCGAUGGCACAAAACGCAACCUGACCCUCAGCAUGACUGCUCUCAAGCGCCUGCAGAUGCUGACCACCGCUUACGAUCAGCUGCGCGGUCUGGCAAGGACGAGGCAGUACCGCGAGUGCGCCGGCCUCCUUCUGGCCGUCCUGCAGCUCAUGAAGCACUUCAAUAGCUAUAGGAGCAUCGAGCAGAUCGCUGUGCUUAGCAGGAACGUCGCUGACCUGCAGAGGGAGCUGCUGGAGCAGGUAUGCGAGGAUUUCGAGAUCGCAUUUGCCAAGGCAGAGAUUCCCCAGCGAAAAGGCACACUCAUCGAAGCUUGUAUGGUUAUGGACGCCCUGGGCGAAACCGCCAAGAGCAGGCUCAUCACCUGGUACGUGAACACGGAGUUGAGAGAGUACCGCCAGGUGUUCCGCGGCAACGAUGAGGCAGGCAAUCUGGACAACAUUGGCCGCCGCUAUGCUUGGUUCAAACGAAUGCUCAAGACACACGAAGAGGAGCAUGCUACCAUAUUCCCCCCACACUGGAGAGUUAAUGAGAUGUUAGCCAUGUCGUUUUGUGAUGGCACCAGGGAGGAUUUCAAAGGCAUCUUGGAGAAGAGCAUGCGACGAGCUGACGGUCAAAAAGUCGAUGUCAACUUGUUAUUGAGCUGUCUGCAGGAGACCAUGGAUUUCGAGCAGGGUCUCGAGAAGCGGUUCUCAAACGAGCUGCCCCGGGCAAGCAUAGACACACUGAGCUCGUCAGACGACCGAACGAACAAUUUCAACGGGUCCAUAUCGGUGGCUUUUGAGCCAUAUCUGAGUCUAUGGGUGGAGUCCCAGGACAAAACACUGGCGAGCAUGGUGCCAAAAUACAAGAACGGGCCUCUGGUGGAUGCCGAUGAGGAAUUCUCCCCUAAUGCCGUUAUUCCGUCAGCCAUCGAGCUGUUUCAUUUCUACAAGAUGACCUUGUCACAAUGUGCAAAGUUGUCUACCGGCGAGAGGCUGUUCGACCUAACCAGGACUCUCGCCAAGUACCUCGAGGAGUAUGCACAGCAGGUGCUGCUAGGUUUUCUGCAGCGGGGCGGGCCCCAAGGCCCCCCGGUCCAGGACACCGUGCUAGUCCUGAACACUGCAGAUUUCUGGCACCAAAACACAAUACAGCUUGAGGACAACAUCAAGAAGCGGGUGGACCCUGAGUUCACGGCCAAGAUUGACCUCUCCUCACAAGCGGACACCUUCCUUGGCGUCGUGAGUGCCGCCAUCCAAGCCCUGGUCCACAAGGUAGAGGCUAGUUGUGAGGGGGCCUGGAGGGAGAUGAGAAACACCAACUGGCGAGAAAUGGAAAGCGUUGGCGACCACAGCUCGUAUGUUGGGGAGCUUCAACGGCAAGUGAACGCCAAGACCGAGGAGAUUCUUUCUGUUGUCGCCAAACAGCAAUACGCGAGGGCGUUCUGUGACAACCUCGUUGAGCGCUUGGCGACUGCAUACAUCAACAACAUUGUCCUUUGCCGGCCCAUUUCUGAAGGCGGCGCUGAACAGAUGCUUCUCGACAAGUACACGCUUGCGAAGAACUUCGAGAAGCUCCUGGGUUACCACAACGCGUCGUCCUCCCGCGACUCGUACCAGCCACCGACUACAUACAUCAAACGUGUCAACCAAGUUAUGACACGCAUUGAUCCCUUACUGAAGACUCUGCAAGUACGGCCCUCGCCACCCGAAGGUCUAGUCCAAGCGUAUCUCAUCCACAUUGGUGAUCGCUCAGAUACCAACUUCAAGAAGAUACUCGAGCUCAAGGGUGUGCGCAAGCAAGACCAGGCUCACCUAUUAGAGUUGUUUUCCCUUCAUCGCGACGUCGCAAGAACAGACAAGCAGCUGGCAGAGAGUUCGUCCCUCAUAACGCCGUUGCUGAACGCCUCCGGGCUUGGCAGCACUGGCCUAGGGAACAUCGGCAAUACCGCCCUUGGUGGUGCCGCAGGCCCUGGCGGCCGCUUCGACGCAGCGUCGUUGGGUGAGAAGCUGCUCAGCGCUGCGCGGGACGCAUCUGACCGAAUCGGGACACCUACCGCUGCCGGAGUCCCCGGCGAGAAGGCGACCAUCAACGAAAACCUAAAGAACAUUGGAAAGUUCUUCAGGCGGGACAUUGGUGUGCGAUUCGGAAAGAGAGACAUCACUCCCACAGGCCACGAUGAUGUGCAGAGGGGUUAGCUUGCGCCGUACCAGGCAGAGUUGAAUCUCUCACGAAUACAACCCAGCCCCUGCAAGGCAUGAUCAGGAUGUGGUGUUCACAGUGCUACAACACAGGGACCUGUUAUUUAGCCCAAUUGCUACCUCGCAAAUCAGCCUUGCUGGUCCUACCAGUGGUCCAGGUCAGAAAAGGAAUCGGGCUCAGGCAAUUUGGUCGGUAGACAUGGCUGUGUAUGCUUUGGAGGUGGACGGAGCAAGUGGCCAUGGCUGGUCUCCCCUGCAUCGGUCACCCGUCUUGUCAACCGUGUCGAGCCGUCGGAUCAUUACUCAGUCACCACUCGGUCGUCCCAUCACCUCCUGCCAGGCCUUUGGGCAACUUGUCCAUCAAGCGUGCGCCUUGGGACGAGUCCGCUUAGUUAUAGUCGUGUGCACUCGGGCCCUCGAGAUUGAUGGCCGUGGGGAAGCAGCAAUAGGUCUGAUCUGUUCCCAGGUAGUUGUUUCAAUAAAUACCUGGCUGGAGUCGGAGCAAGAGGCAGGCAGGCACAUGCGCUGUGCUGCUAGACGUACCGACGGCAGGCGUUGUGCAGGUCCCACCCCUUCAAACCCACCACUCUUGGCUUAGACGUGCGGACAUAAACCGGUACAGUACUUCAAGCAGGCCAUAUCCUGUGCUCAGCCAGCAUGAUUGUGCAGCGGGUAUCAAUAGCCUCUCAGGACGCGACAUGGACACCUGCCUAAUACAGACUACAUUUGUCAUUGUAUAAGCGCCUAGCAUGGCGGAAAGAAGAGAAGUAGGAUGAUUUCUGGUGGGGACCAUGCCAGUUGAACGCCCUGCGUUUGGUUCAAUGCAGUGGUACGCCAUUACCCAGGUCGGCCGACACGGAAUCUCGCUGCCAGCCCUGGGCCAGUCUCGGUCAAGCUAUGUCGUCCGGCUGUAGGAGAAGGAGGCCAAGUCCCAAAACUGUGGUAGUCGACAAUUGAACACCCCGCUGCCCUCCACCACGGUCCAAGGGCUGGUGUCUUUUUGCAAAUCUGCAAACCUGCAGCCUGCUGCUGUGGCGCUCCUUACGUCGUUUGUCUUCACAUACUUGCACAACUGGUCGCCCCUGGGUUGGGGUAUCUGAUGAUUGCCGUCGAUGGCUUCUCUUCGUGGGAGAAGGAAGACGAGGCACCGAGCUCGGGAGGGAUUCCAGCUCGCCGCCACAUUGGCACAGAAGCGUGCUGCGCCCCUAAUGAGCAUUUUCUCCCCCAGGAGGGAUCGCAUAUGACCCAAUAAUUCGAUCCUACCGUUGCGAGGUCAAAGGUAGCCCCUGCCUUGCCUCGCCACCAACACGUGCCUUUCGAUCCGGCUCGAAGCGCAGGGCAUCCAACGUCAUCAUUGGCCAAAAUUGUGUGCCAAUUCUAGACAGGCCCGCCUGUGUGAUCCUGAUCCGCAUCUUGUGGUUUGGCCGUCGUGGCGGAAUGGCCCCGUCAACAUUGUAGUGACCAUACCGUACGUUGGUGGGUACUAGAGAUGGUCACUGUGACUACCC